UUGGAGCAAGCACUUCAUGAUUUUGACUGUCUUUGAAACAUGCCUUCGUUGAUGCAUUAUCUUUUUGUAGUUCCUAUUUUUACUGUAGUUAUUUUUAUUCUGUUCUACAUGUUUAAUUUAUAUAACGACCAAAGCCUUCAGAGGCUAAAUAUAACCAACGCUUUAGUUCUAGCCAAAGUCUGCAAUUCAUUUAUCAAAGGGAAAACAUCUUUCCUAUGGGAAAACACGCUAACAGUAUCUGGGAAAUCUUGCAAGGAUUACUUGCUCCAAAGUCACUACAUAACAAGCACUCUUUCAGGGGAGGCUGAGUUUCCUUUGGCCUAUGCAAUGGUCAUACAUAAGGAUUUUGAAACCUUUGAGAGACUCUUCAGGGCAGUUUACAUGCCCCAAAAUGUUUACUGUGUUCAUGUGGAUGAAAAGGCAACAGCUGAGUUUAAAGAUGCUGUGGGAAGAUUGGUGGGCUGUUUCCCCAAUGUUUUCCUUGCCUCCAAGAUGGAGCCAAUAGUCUAUGGUGGAAUAUCCAGGCUCCAGGCUGACCUGAACUGCAUGAAAGACCUUGUGGCCUCUAAGGUUCAGUGGAAGUACCUCAUCAACACUUGUGGACAAGAUUUCCCCCUGAAAACUAACAAGGAAAUAAUCCAGCAUUUGAAAGGAUUUAAAGGGAAAAAUAUCACCCCAGGGGUGCUGCCUCCUGCACAUGCUAUUGAAAGGACAAAAUACAUCCAUAGAGAGCAUCUGAGUCCAGAGGCAUCUUAUGUAAUAAACACCCAAGCAUUAAAAACCCCACCUCCCCACAAUCUGACGAUUUACUUUGGCUCUGCUUAUGUUGCCCUUACAAAGGAGUUUAUCAAUUUUGUUCUCCAAGAUCAAAGGGCCAUUGAUUUAAUGCAAUGGUCUAAGGACACCUACAGUCCUGAUGAGCAUUUCUGGGUGACGCUCAAUAGGAUUCCAGAGGUGCACAUCCCUCCUUGCAUGAUCAAAUCAUUGUUCUUUAUUGUCUCAUGGUCAUAAGGGAGAAAAUUCAGUACAGUCGCAAAGUCUAAAUGCUGUUCAAAAGUCUCUCAUUAAGCCUUCAGAAUGCUUGAAGAGAAAGGUGUCCCUGGAUCCAUGCCAAAUGCAUCCUGGGAAGGAAACCUCAGAGCUAUAAAGUGGCACGACAUGGAAAGUGAACAUGGAGGCUG